AUGAGAAACGAAACCAUAAUUCAAACUAGACAGUACCAAAAAGUUCACGAAAAUGACAUUUUGAGUAUUUCUUUGUCAUUGGCUAAACCCGAAGACGUUAAACACUGGUCUUACGGAGAAGUGACUAAGCCCGAGACGAUCAACUACAAAUCUUUCAAACCUGAGAAACACGGUCUUUUUGACGAAGUGAUUUUUGGGCCGGUUACCGACUACAAAUGCCCGAUUUGCGGAACUAAGUACAAACGUUCUAACGAAGGUCAAACUUGCGAAAAGACCGACGAAUGCCGGAUUUACCAGCCGCAAAUUCUGCCUAAGUCGGCUCGUCGUAGCCGCAUGGGUCACAUUGAACUAGCUUCGCCCGUGGUUCACCUGUGGUUUUUUACCAUUCACCACUCGAUCAUCGCCAAAGUUCUCGGUCUUAAAACCGAAGACUCUGAAAAAUACCACUCCCGCCGUCAAAUCGAAAACAUCAUCUACUUCCGUUCCCACAUCGUGCUUGAAUCCGAUGGUCUGAAAGCUUUACCGAAAAACAAAAUCAUUGAAAUUAACCAGGCGGCGGUAAUUUACCGCAAAGCACUGCUGGAAUUGCGCGAACGCUUUGAGCCGGGCAGCGAUGCUUACGACGAAAUUAGCGCUUCGAUUGAAGACCUUGAGCAAACCGCCAGUUCUAAACUCGGUCAAGAUUACGGGGUUGACUUUUACGAACUCAACGAAAUUAUUCACGAGUAUUCCGAAGCCAAAAUUAGCACCGGUGCUAAAGCGAUUGAAUACCUACUCAAAAACUUCGACCUUAAAAAUUCGAUUCGCCGCGUUAAAUCGCAAAUCACCCGCAUUUCGCGCGAAAUCAAGGAGAACGAAAGUUGGUACUCGGGACUAGUUCAGCAGCGUUCCAAACUUUACAAACGUCUUGAUGUACUUAACAAAUUCUAUAAAUCAGGUCAAGAUCUAACGUCAAUGAUCAUUUACAACUUGCCGAUUAUUCCGGCUGACCUACGUCCGCUGAUUCAAAUUGACGGCGGUCGCCACUCGACCUCUGACAUUAACGACUUGUACCGCCGGAUUAUCAUUCGGAACAACCGUCUGAAAAAAUGGCAGGAAAACGACGCCCCGAUUUUGAUUAUUCAAAACGAACUGCGCAUGCUCCAAGAAGCAAUCGAUGCGUUAAUUGAUAACAGUCGNCAAAAAGUUGAUGGAUAG